AUGAAGUCGUGCGACGCUUUGUCGGACGAUAGCAGCGAGUUUCACACUGCCCCUUCAACUCCGAUCGACGAACGUUCCUGCCCCAUCCUCGAGUCGCCUGCAAAGAUCGACCCCCAGGUCUCCGCCACCCAGACUCCUGCCGAUCAUCCCGCCGGUGACAACCUCAGCCGCAGUGCCGCCAUCGAAAGCAACUUUCGUGGUGAUUACAGUUGCCUCUUCUGGCUCGGCGGGAAUUUCUUCACUGCAGAGCCCGAGCAAAUCGAGUCUGAGUCCGAGCCCGAGACUUUGUUCGACUCCGACUCCGAAGAGUGCGCAGAGCUCAACCGUAGACAGCGCAUUGCGUACCUCAACGCCCAGUCAGCAGCUGGAACUGCCUACGGCCCCUACCACCCCAAUGGUAUCCGGGGGCACAGGGAGCGCAUCGAACACCAUGGGCGCUGGUCGCCUCAGCUCCCACCCCAUCUCCACCGGAACGGCUAUUCCAGCGACUCGGGCGACGAAAAUGGAUCCGACUCUGACGACAGCGGAUCUGGCAUCAUUGUCUGUGGAGACUCUCACAACCCUGGAGCUUGGGGCGAAGUGGGAGACGGACUCGGGAAUGGACGCGGACGUGUCGGAGAGCUGUGGGACGGACUCGGUUUGGAUGCCCCGGGCCUCGAACCGGUGGAGCGGCUGGGCAUCCGAGGACAGCCAGGAGUACGAGGCGGACGUGCGCGCGAUGGCUCUGGCGACGCCGUCUACCGAGGCGAGCUUCCAGGAGCCGAUGGUCGACAGGCUGAGGCGAGGCUGGGGCAGGGUGGUGCGGCCGCUCCGUCGCAUGGCCGCGGGCAUGAACGCCCUCGUCAGGGGUAUUCACCGAUGAGGUGGACGGACGUUCACGGCACGCCUGCCGGCUACGAGCGCCAGCCUACGCCCGGCCCGUCGAGGCAGCCUUACCACCCGGACGACUGUGACAUCUCUCGUCCCAUCGUUGUGGCGCCUACGCCCCGCGACCUCGUCCCCUCCUACCACCUCACCGAUGGCGGUGCGUCUCGCGCAUGGGAGAGGGAUCAGCAGCAAUACUCCCAAUCGGACGUCAACCUCAUGUACGGCUUGGGCCUCUUUCCCCCAACCCCUCCGACCAGGUACCCGCCUGCGGAGACCGAGGCACCGGCGCCUCCUCGUCCCCGCCGCCACCGGGUACACAGGAUCCUCAACGCCGUCAGGCGUCACGUCCGGCGCCUCGACCCGCACGACGCGCACAGCCGCGACAUUCUCCCCGCCGGCGCCGAGCUGCAGUACAAGCAGGACAUCCUAACCCGCAUGAUGAAGCGCGUCACGCUCGACGCUUACAGGCCGCACGACACCUCGCCGCAGACGGUCCAGCACGUCGAGAAGGAGUAUUGGGACAAAGUGGCUCGCGGCGAGAUGGGCAUCACGCGGCCCGAAUGCGUGCGUAACCGCGCGGACAUGGCCGAGUUUGCCCAUUACCUGAACCGCGUCGAGAACCGUAUCGACAUGUACGUCGAGCGCGGCCGCUACGACCCGCCGCCCGGGGGGAGCCGCUAUGAGCCCCCCUUUGAGGGUCGCCGGGACCCUCCUCCAGCCCGCACCAGAGCCCCGCCCCGUGCCCCAGUGCAGCACCCGGCCUUUAUCCCGCGCCAUCUACGUGCGCAGCAGGUUGGGACCGACUCAGAGGACAGCGACCUCGAGGCUAGCUGUUACGCGCGCCACUGA